CCAGUCGCCCCCAGUAUUAUUCCCUGGGAUUGUGAUGGCGUGACAACCACAGAGUGUUAAUGUAUAACACUCUGUUAUGAAUACCUCCUGUAAUGACGAAACCCGGAUACAGAUUUCAUGGGUGAAGACUUGAGGAACUGAAGAGCUGCCUUGUGGAACGCCAUGGAUAAUCUGCUGAUUAUUAUGAUCAUUAUUACGUGUAACAGAGGGUGCUUGGUGAAAGCUGGAACUGAGUUUGUGUUAGCCUUUACACAAGUAUUCCAUACAAGCGACAGCCCCGACUAUCUGAUCUUAACACCAACCACGAAUCAGGGAGCAGAGGUGAGAGUUGUCGCCCCUGAUUACCCUGACCUAGUCAGCACGACCAUUACCAUCGACCCAGGUGAAACACACACCCUGAAAAUCAACGGAGCAAUGGCAAUGAACUACGGAUCUUACAUAGACAGGAAAGCUAUACAGGUGACGUCAACAUAUGACAUAACCGUUGUAGGCAUGAACACGGAGACCUGGAAAGGAGCAGGAUCCAGCUACGACACGUUCCUCGUCAGUCCAACGAAUCUGUUAGGGAAUGAGUAUUACGCUGUUUGUUACUACACCACGCACAGUGGAGCCGGAUCAACGUUUGCUGUUGUUGCCACAAGUAAUGAUACCGUUGUUUCCAUCACUUUAACAACAUCGGAAGAUGUAACAACAGAGUUCGACAAUGUCUCAUACUCUGGUGGUGACGUUAUAACGAAGACCCUGCAACAGUAUGACGUGCUCCAGAUACAGACUCGUUCUGAUCUAACCGGGAGUCACGUGAUUGCAAACAAGCCUAUAGCCGCCUACAGUGGAGUCAACCGAACCCGUGUUCAUAGUGGUAAAUGUGCGUCCACCAUGGUUGACCAACUUCCUCCAGUGAACGUUUGGGGGAAGGAGUAUGUGACUGUGCCGUUUCCCAACAGAGACCUAGGAGACGUCUACAGAGUGCUGGCUAGGUGGCCCAACACGGCGGUGUACAUACAGGGCGUGGACCCAUUCCUCUUACUCGAACCAGGAGACUGGAGGGAGUUUUACCUGGAAAACGCGACAUACGUUCGAGCUAACAAACCCGUACAGCUGGCCCAACUAUCGGUCAGUGGUCAAUCUGACGAAGGUGACCCGUCUUUGCUGAUACUGUCCCCAGUUGAUGCGGCCCGAACGUCAUACGCAGUUGGUGUCAGUGGAACGGGUACAUGGAGGUAUUACACAUCAGUUGUCAUUCAAGAGUCUCAAAUAGAUGGUUUGAUCUUCAAUAACCAAAAUGCCAGCACAUAUACCGUCUCUGUGGAACAAGUGCAAGGAACCCAGUAUGCCAUUGUGAACAUGGAACUUUUGAAAUCCUCCAACCUCAGUACUGUCUCACAUUUGGGGAACACGUCAUUCCUGGCCUAUAUGUAUUCAAGCUAUAAGUGUAGGGCUAUGGCGAACUCUUUGGGAACUGCAGCGUCAACGCUCUUUGCCGCCUGCGCACCAACCUCUGGUUACCCGGGAGACGGCGCGGACAACGACUGUGACGGUGACAUUGACGAGGAGGCGUGUUGUGCCAACAGAGAAGGAAUAGAUGACGACCUGGACAUGGUGGUUGACGAGGAUUGCUACGCACCUCCAGGUGUACAGAUGGGCAGUGGCUCGGAGUAUGAUGUAUGCUGUGAAGGCAACACAACCUAUUUGUGUAAAGAAAACAUAAGAAAUGGACAUUUCAAAAGGAUUGGUGCCAGAAAAUACUUGGCCACUAACGUGUCAGCGUCUCACUCGCGCAACAAACAGCAGUGUUUCCUUAACUGUGGGAGAGACAGGGACUGUUGGGCUGUCAACUACCAGGUGCCAUCGGGAGACGUCAACUGUGAGCUACUCCGUGGAUCACUGACCAGCUACUCACUGGAAGAGAACUGGUCACACUAUCAGCUGGACUGGUCCUGGUCCGUGUAUGUCCCUCUCUGAGCACACCCUGCACAAAUAGCGUGAGGAACAUCUUAGUACACUGUGCUGUCUUGUACAAAGUCCAUUACACGAAUAUACUUGUCAUGUUGACAUCGCUGUUUUAGUUGGUAUCAUUGUUGCAGUGUUCUUGAAAAACCUCGAAGCGAUAUAGAUCUGGAAUCUUCUGCCCUCAGAUCGGUUAAUAGCAAAUCUCGUUAGCGAAGAGACAGAAAGCAAUACCAGAAUUCAUACACGUUAAGUAUAGCAGCUUAGGUAUUUCAAACCACCUAUCUUCAAAUUCGUGUCGAUAAUAAUUUUGAGGGCGUUUCUUCGUACUUUGCUGCAGACUCUGGUCUCUGGUUGUCGCUUGGUAUAGUAUUGUUUCUGAAAUCUUGCUCUGAAAUAGUGCCACACUGUGGCUUAUCCGGAGAAAAGGUGAACAGGAUAAAAUAUCAACUAAAACAACCCCUUAUCAAAGCUUGGUAUCAGAUGAUCAGAGCAGGUGAUGCUGAUAAGAUAAUUAACUUUGUUUCAAAGUUUCGAGUGUCAGAUGGAUCAUUUAGUAUAAAAAUAAAUCUAACAUGUCUAAAACUGACAUUUACUAUAUUACCGCCUGUAUUAUAUCGUCUAAUAUCGUUGCCUUAUAUCACUUAUUUUGGUCUUGGUUUUGAAAAGACAAACUUAACAUUUUCUGGAUUUUAAUGUUACAGGGAUUUAUAUGUAUGUACAUGAAUGAAAAAAUGUAGACCUUGUGGUUUUCGAGAUGUUUCAAAAAUAUUGCAACACAGUUCAUGUAUAUUUGAUCUUCAAAAUUACGAAAAUAUCUUUUAUGGCGACAGCCAAAUUUGAGUCACAUUGCAGUGACAUUAUAAAGUCAUACAGCCUGGAAUGUUUAUGGAUAGCAAACAAAUAAUGCACUACAGGCUAUGCAAUAGUUGUCUUGGGGGUUCAGUCCUGUCCAGAUGCAAACCAGGAAAGUGUUGUGAACAUAUGAUUUGGAGGAUCUGUAACCAGCAUAAUAGUUAAUAUACAUUAACAAAUUGUCUACACUUUUGUAACUGUGAGAACAGAAACACAAUAAAAAAUGUAAUGAUUA